AUGCCGACGGAUGAGCUGCCAUGUGUGACAGGGCUGAGUUCAGACAGCAGCGUUGAGUGGGAACCUCAAGUCAAAGCUCGGCCCAAAAAGAGGGCGCGCAGCAAAAAACUGCCGGCUGUCGCAGACGAGUCUGAGUUGGAUGGCAAAGCUGCUGUGGAGGCUGCGUUGCGCAAAACACUGACCAAGAGCUGCCCUUGCAAAACUCGGCAAUGCUUCAAUGUCUUCAGGGAGGACGCCAAAUUUGCAGACUUGCUGGAGUUGCGGCUGGAUUGGAACAAUUUGCACAAGUUGGACCAGGACCGGAUGGAACCUCAGCGAAAUUUGUACCUCAAAAAACCUCACGCUUCUGACUAUGGUGAGUGUCGGGCAGACAUAGUUUCAUUCUUGUCUGAAAUAUACACAUCAGUGGCUGAAACGCUCCCCGACUACCGGGACGACUCCUAUGACGUGGCCACAUCACUUGAACUGGUUAAGAAAUGUGACUGCGAGGAAGAUCCUUAUGGUGAUUUGGUGCCUGGCAAAGGACAGGACCUGGAAACCACGAAGAAGCCCAAGAACACGAAGCGGAGUGUUCAGAUCAAUCCAGGCCGUGUGGGAGUUGAUUCUGGCGGGGCAUAUGAGGAGAAAUGGUUACCACCAGGCCAGAUGAAGGAGUAUUGGGAACUCUACAAACAAAAGCACCGCUUGAGUUCCAAACCAUGCUUGGAUCCGGAAAGCGUUUCGGACAAGUACUUCCGUUUGUCUGCAGCUGACCAGACCAAGCGUUGGAUGAAGGACAGGGAGUACGGGGCGCGCAUGCUGUACUUUCCGAACAAACUGGCAGCGCAAUGCCUUCCGUCAGGUGUUCCCCUAGUUAUUGCUGAGAAGAAGCCCAUUGCCCAGAAACAGGUUGAGGAGAUUUUGAAGCACACCCCUUUGUUGAGGAACCCCUUGUAUGGAAUGGACAAGGCUGCGGACGAUCUGGAGGCAUGGGUGACGGGACAUUUGAUGCCAGCGCCGCUGCUGGACGUAUCCGCGUGUGCUGUGGACACCAGAUCUGAUCUCCGGUUGUCAGACGAUGCGCCGUUGGCAGAGGAUUUUGAAGCCCAUGAAAAUGUUUUGGGGUUGCAAAGGCCGAAGGGAGUAGCGGCUGCGGUCACCAUGUACCGGAGGAAGGCAGAGUCUAAGGUCGUGUUGGACAUGGCAGCAAAGCUUUGGGUUCAGGGUGUUGCAUUCAAAGAGGCCCUGGAUAUUGCCAAAAGAGCCCAAAAACGAAUUUUAGAAAGAACACGUGGUUCUAAAGGGAAAGGCCGCGGGAAAGGCUGA